UCGCGACGGGCGGCGCCGCGCCGUCGGUGGCCAUCAUCGGUGCCGGCGGCAACAUUGGCGCGCGGCUGCACGAGGUGCUCUCGGCCAACUGCGGCUGGAAGGUCACGGGUUAUGACCGCGAGCCGCGGCUGAGCCCGCCGCGCGCCAAGUACCCGAUCACGCCGAUGAGCGCGGCAAGCAUCCCAGCGGCGGAGCUGGCGGCGUACGACGCGGUCGUCUACCUCGGCGGGCUGACCGGCCGGGCGGCGUGCGACCGGCACACGCGCGAACAGACCUUGUCGGAGAACGUCGACGACCCGCUCGCGCUCGCGUCGCGCAUGGGCCCCUCCCAGCUGCUGGUCUUCGCCUCCACCUCCGCCAUCGCCGAAGGCUCCGGCCAGCGGAGCGCGCGAGAGGACACGGCGGUGCGCACCGAGCUGCUCGACUCGUACUCAUCCUCGAUGCACCAGCGCGAGGCCGCCAUGCGACAGCUCGCCGCCAGCAAGCCCGCCGGCGCACCGCAGCUCGUCGGGCUGCGCUUCGGCACCGUCAUCGGCGUCUCGCCCGGGCAGCGCGUCGACCUGGGCCCGCCGGCCAUGCUCAAGUCGGCGUACACGAGUGGCGUCCUCAAGGUGGCUCACCCCGAGACGUCACGCGCCUUCCUGUGGCUGGAGGACCUGUGCCGCGGCAUCUCGCGCACCAUCGAGCUGCGGCGAGGCGGCGCCGCGAGCGUCGGAGCGCCGCCGGCGACGGCCCAUCACAGCAAGCGUUCGGCGCCGUCGUCGUCUUCGAUGGCGCCCGCCGCGCCACCGCCGUUUGCAAUCUACCAUCUGAGCUCGUUCAACUCGAAUGUGGGCGCGCUCGCGGCCGCCAUCGCCGCGCGCACCGGCGCGCGUAUCGCCGCGUCCAACCACGGCACCGCGUCGAAGGACGUGCUCGGCUUCUCCCUCAACAACUCCCUCUUCGCGCGCACGUACAACUUCACGGUCCGCGGCUCGCUCGCCACGGCCAUCAGGCAGCUCGACGGCGCCGCGCCUGACUCGCUCAUUGGCAAGGGCGCGCACACGACGGCGGUCCACGUGCCGCCCGCGGCGGACGAGCCGACGCCGACGGACGCCGCGUGCGACGGCGACCGACCGACCGGCCGACCAACCGAAAGACCGACCUUCAAGCACGACCACGCCCACUGCCCGCACGCGCUAACGCACGCGCCACCUCCGCCUGCCACCAACAGCGGCGGCGUCAACGUGACCUCCAUCCGCUGCCCCGUGUGCGGCUCGCACGACAUCCAGCUCGCGCUCGACCUGCGCGACCAGCCGCUGGCCAAUGACUUCAUGAAGACGACCACGGAGGCGCUGCGCGCCGAGAAGUUCCCGCUCGCGCUCGUGCACUGCCGCCAGUGCCACCACAUGCACCUCUCGCAGCUCGUCUCGCGCAAGCGCCUCUUCUCCGACUACAUGUACGUCUCGGGCACGUCCAAGACGCUCCUCAAGCACUUCGAGUGGCUGGCGCAGAAGAUCCAGGCCGACGUGGAGACGCUCCCGCUCGAGGGCGCGCGCACCAAGCGCGCGGUGCUCGAGCUCGCAUGCAACGACGGCUCGCAGCUCGACGCCUUCGCGAGGCUCGGCUGGAAGACGUACGGAGUCGACCCGGCGGCCAACAUCGUGCCCACCGCCGUGGCCAAGGGGCACCAGGUCAAGGUGGGCUUCUGGGGGGCACAGAGCGUGUGGCCGCCCGAGGGCAAGCCGGUGGUGCUCGACGCGAUCGUCGCGCAGAAUGUGCUCGCGCACGUGCCCUCACCCACGCAGUUCCUCAAGGACUGCGCCGCGGCGAUGGGGCCGCGCACGCUGCUCUUCAUCCAGACGUCGCAGUGCGCCAUGCACGAGGACGGCCAGUUUGACACGGCGUACCACGAGCACCUCUCCUUCUUCACGUCGCACUCGUUUGAGCGCGCCGCCACCGCCGCCCAGCUGGCGGUCCUCUCCUUCGAGACCGCGCCCAUCCACGGCAUCUCGUGCCUGUGGAAGCUCAAGCGCGCCGACGGCGAGUCGUCGGGCGCGCUGGCGGGCGGCACGAGCCUGCGGGCCAAGCUGGAUGAGGAGGUGCGCCUCGGCAUCACCACCGAUUUCUUCUACGAGCGCUACCGCAUGCGCGCCGAGGAGACGUCCGCGUGGCUCGACACCCAGCUCGCGGCGCUCUCUGCGGCGGGCUACAGGCUCGGCGGCUACGGCGCCGCCGCCAAGGGGAUGGUGCUUCUCCACUUCAUGCUCGGCCGCGGCGGCGCCAACGCGGCGGCGCACUCACUCGAGUUUGUGCUGGACGACGCGCCGAUGAAGCAGGGCACGUACUGCCCCGGCACCACCAUCCCCGUGCGCCCGACGCGCUCCCUCGAGGGCGUCUUCACCGCCGACGAGAAGCCGCUCGCCCUCGUCAUGUUCGCGUGGAACUUUGCGGCCGAGCUCUUC